AAUAUAAAUACAAGUCGAGUCAAAAUACCAAAGCGCUCAGCUCUUUUAUUUGUCGUUUAACUUUCCUCGCAUCCAGGUGGAAGAUGAAAUUUCUGGCAGCUGCCUUGCUGUUCGCCGUCGUUGUCGCCCAGGUGGCGGCUAGGGACUUGUCCAAGUACCAGCCGAGGUCUGUUUUGUUUCCCCGGCCACCGGUAGCCCAAAAGAACCAAUACGUCCCUGUCAAACGCCCCGCCACCGUCGACACCAGAGGCUUUUGUGGUACUGCCAAGACUUCCAAUCAGGAUCGUAUUGUGGGUGGAACCGAGGCUGUCCCCAACUCUCGACCCUGGCAAGUGGCUUUGUUCAUCGAUGACCAAUACUUUUGCGGUGGUUCGCUUAUCUCGCCCGAUUGGGUUUUGACUGCCGCUCACUGCGCCGACAAUGCCACGUUCUUUAACAUCAUGCUGGGUGCUCACAACGUUCGCCUCACAGCUGCCGAGGAACCCAACCGAGUCGAGUACCGCUCCGAAGUCUACACCAUUCACCCGAAUUGGGGAUCGACUUUGUUGAGAAACGACAUGGCCCUGAUCAAACUCCCAGAGUCUGUCACCUUCACCGAUGCCAUUUCUCCCAUCUGUUUGGCACCUGCCACCGAACCCCUUCACGCCGGAGAUCCUCUUCACGUCAGUGGAUGGGGAAAACCAUCAGAUGCUGCCACUGGCAUUUCCCCAGUUCUUCGCGAAGUCGAUGUCGUUGGAAUAACCAACCAGGAGUGCGUCGCUGCUUACAGCGUUCUCACCAUCAGGGAUAGCAACAUUUGCGUCUCCACCCUCGGUGGCAAGAGCUCUUGCAACGGUGACUCUGGCGGGCCUCUGUCGUUCAUCAACAACGGCGUUUACAAUCAGGUGGGUGUUGUCAGCUUCGGAUCGAACCAAGGAUGCGAACUCGAAAUUCCCGCCGGAUUCGCCCGCGUUUCCAGCUUCACCGACUGGAUUUCCUCCGUCACCGGCUUGGUCAUUUAAAGUUACGUCAUAUAGCAUGUGCUUUAUACCACGAUUUUUUGUUGCCUCUCUUCCGCUGUAAAAAAUAAAUAAAAAUAGUUACUUCAAUGUCACAAUAGAUUUAAUGUCUGGAUUAUUGCUCAGCACACCUCUUCCGCCUUCCGGAUUAAUACAAAUUUUUAAAAUCUGA